AUGAAAUCAUCCGCCUCUAAUGCAGGAACACCAUUCAGUUAUGCUCUUCAAGGAGAGGAUAACGAACUGCUUUUGUUUAAUUACAAGGACUUUGACUUACGUAUUGGUGGUAAAAAGAAGUAAGUUAUAUACAAUUAACGGUGUAUUUCUUUGGAAAAACUCGAGACUAAUAGGAGAGGAUAACGAACUGCUUUUGAUUAACUACGAUAACUUUAAGCUGCUCGUUGGUGGUGAAGAGAAGUAAGUUGUAUACAGUUGGUGUUUUUUCUUGGAAGAACCCGCCUGAGACUUAAGCCAUCCCCUUUACUUACUGUAUUUCUCCUCCUUUAGCGUUGUUCCAACCGACCGACAUUUUUUGACAUUUUCGUCAUAAAACAGGAAUGACGUAAUAAUACCUUUUCUGACUAUAAUUAAUUAUUUUAAUCUGAAAAAUGAGCAUUGUAACAAUAUUUCCAGGCAUAGACGUUAGGGUGAUGUAUCCUUUUAGCUUUUUACAAGGGCCGACCAUUUGACUUUUGAGGGGGGUAUGGGUGAUUUGGUUUGGGUGAGAAUUUUUUUCCCCAAACCCCUGGAUAUAGAAUAUUCUUUCCCGACACACAACAAUGUAAAAUUUUUUUCUCCAACGUUAUUCACCAGGAGAAAUACUUUUUUCAGUGUAGGAUUUUUUUGCCCAGGUGUUUCCUUGCAAGAUUUAUUUUCCUUCGAAAUCAGUAAAACGCUUGGCCCCUGAUACCAUGACAUCGAAAUUCAUAUUUUCCGCCAUAUUGAGUUUGUGUCGAUUUGGUGACAAUUUCUUGUCGUUUACCCACUCCACGUCGAUGAUGCUGGGAUUUCAGGCCUCCUAUUCUCAGACUUCUUUUGAUUUAUUUAGGUCUUUUUAUCCAAACCUCCAGAUCAUACGAAAGGUGAAUUCAAUAAUUGUUUUAUCAUUUAUUCGAAAUAAUUUAUACUUUAAGAAUUAACUAGUAAACGAUUCCGUGUGAAUAGUCCGAGUUUGGGCCGCUCGCCCGACGUCCUCUUCAGUUUCAGAUUUCCGUUUAACCCAGUAAAUCCAGCCAGAGCGUGAAUUCAUUACAUUCAUUCUUUAUUUAUUCAAAACAGUGCUGCCGUCGAAUAAGCAAAAAUUGUUUGAUUGUUUGAUUGUUUGUAUCAGGAUUGGGACAUAGACCUUGAAGAGCAGCUUUUUUUUUCCUUCUAUGCCGAUUUUUUUACCUUUCUAAACAAAACAAGGAAUAGAAAGUUUGCCUAUAUAUUACCGUUUUUUUUUUUUUAAAGCAGUUCCAAAUAAGCGCCACCCUUAAACAAGUCCACCAUAAACACCACGAUGCUCAUUUCUAGUAAAUAGAGUAAAUUCACAGUGAUUCAUUUUCGGGUUUUAGAAAGACUAAUCAGUUAGGGGAAUUCGAAUCAGGAUACCGGGAAAGUUAUGCUUUUGGAAUCUGAAAUCAGGGGAAUUUCCUGGGCUUUGGAAUCCGGAAUACAACUCAAGGAAUCCGGAAUUCAACUAGCGAUUUGAGCCCGGAAUCCAAGUUCCACUGACAUAAAAUCAGGAAUCGAGUGCCUGGACUCUGGAAUCCACGGCGUGGAACCCAAAAUCUUGGACAAACAAAUUGUUAAGAAUUGUGCACUUUCUUAUCCACAGAACCCCAAUCCAUCCUGCGGAUUUUGUGCCACAAUGACCUUACCCCUCCCCCCACCCUGGACAAUGUUGUUCAUUCGCGGUCAGAAAUAAUCUAUAAUUUAAAAUUGCUUUUUUGGGGGGGGGGAGGGGGGAGUAUUUUCAGUUGUCAGUGCUUUCAAGGGCUUUAUCUUGAAACUAGACAUGACAACGUCAAUUUUUCUUAACAUUUUUGUCCAAGAUUGCAGAAUCCUAGACCAACUUGUAUCCCCUGACGUGGGGUGAUACCGGUAUGAUCCAACACUGAUUCCUCUUUUUGCCAACAGGACGAUUGGAGUAUCAGCAAAUGAUGGUAAAUGGCAUGCUAUCUGCGUGACCUGGGACAACAAAAAUGGCACUUAUCAGUUCUUUAAAGAUGGAGCGAUAGAAAAACAAGAGACAGACUUUAUGAAGGGCUACACCAUCAAGGCUGGGGGAACUCUGGUUCUAGGACAAGACCAAGAUAAUGUCGGCGGCGGCUUCGCCAAAACGCAAAGCUUCCGAGGAACCAUGGAUAACGUUAAUGUGUGGUCCUAUGUCUUGCCGAAAAAAGCUAUCAUUGCUUUUUCUAAAUCUUGCUCCUUUGGAAUGGGGAACGUGUACAAAUGGUCGGAUUUCAAAUACGGUGUCAAAGGAAAAACCGCGGUUGAAAUGCCGUCUUCUUGUUCACCGAUCAACAAUUGA